AUGAGUGCUCGGACGGGGCGCCGCAGCGCUUCGCCAGCCCGCGAUGGAGGCGAAGAGCCAUCCAAGGAGUCCAAGGCACUGCGCACUGUCUUCCAGCGCAAGACCCCCGAGGAGAUCGCGCAGCGCCGCUCCAUGCUGGCAGAGCUCGUCCGCCAGACCAGCGAGUUGGAGGAGGGCAGGCCCUGGUCAGGGCCCACAGUGGCCCCAGCGCUGGACAGAGGCAGCGACAAGGCCCCGCCCCCUUUGGCGCGACGAGUCACUGCUGACGGGCCGUUGCGCUUCGCUUCGCACUUCGAGUGCGGGAACCUGCUCACUGCAAAGCUGGUCUUAAGUGCACCUUCGAAGAGUGGCCUUCUACCAGGAGCGGCGCCUCAGGGCCCGGACCUAGAGUACGAGCUGAUGGUGGAUGCAGACACCCAGAGCGCCCAAGGGCACACGCAGUGGUUCUACUUCUCCGUCAGGAACGGUGGCUGGUGUGGGACCGUCCAGUUUCGCAUCGUGAACCUUCGCAAAAAGAAGUCCUUGUACCAGCAGGGUUUCCAGCCUUUCGUGUUCUCCGCGCGGAAGAAGCACCGUGGUUGGGAGCCCUUUGUGUGCCAGGGAGUCAGCUAUUCCCCGAGCGCCAAGAGAGGGGACAAGGAAGGGCUUCGUGGCGAUUUUCACACACUGCAAUGGUCCUAUCGCAUCGAGCGCAAGGAGGAUGAACUCUUCUUCGCGGCCUACCCACCCUACACCUACAGCAUGAUGCAGAGUUUCCUGUCUUGUCUUGAGCAAGAGCCCGCUGCCAGGGCGCACUUUGUGCGCGCUGAGCUCUGUCACUCCAUCGGCCAGCUCCCUGUGCCGCUGCUGGCCAUCAGCCAGGGCCUGCGGACGGAGGAGGCGGAGGGCGAUGACGAGUCCAAGGCCAAAGCCAAGUACGCCAUCGUAAUCACUGCACGCCAACAUCCAGGAGAGGUGGUCGGGUCGUGGGCCGUGCAAGGCCUUCUGCGCUUCUUGCUGGGGCCUACGCCCGCAGCACGGUGCCUGCGUGAGGUCUAUCUCUUUCAUGUCGUUCCCAUGGUCAAUGUGGACGGCGUGGUGCACGGAAACUCUCGCUGCACACUUGCUGGGGUCGAUCCCAACAGAGUUUGGCACGAUCCGAAUCCAAUCCUGCACCCUGUGAUCUUCGCCCUGAAGAAUCAUCUGCGCAGUCUCUCCCAGGGGCUGCAGCCGGCGGCUACACACCACGUAGGGGGUGGAAGCUCUUCGUCUUCAGUGCGGGGUCUCGAGAUGUUCCUGGACCUUCAUGGCCACUCUGCCAAGUUUGGCUGCUUCUUCUACGGGUCAAACCCGACGGCGCACAUAUCCAACGCAGUCUUUCCGAAGAUGUGCUCUUCGAUCUCUACGGACCUUAGCUUUGAGCAAUGCCACUGGCGGUGCACGCGCUCCCACCGAAAGACGGCGCGCUACGUGGUCUACAAGCAGUUCGGGGUCAAGUACACCUACACCAUCGAGUGCUCGUUCUUCGCGCCGGUGGACACAGGCACUGAGGGCUCGGAGGGCUACUUCACACCAUCCAGGGUCGAGUUCAUCGGCUGCGCGGUUGGCUGCGGCUUGGCCCUCUUUUUCAACGUGGACCUCUGCGCUGUUGCCAAAGCCUGCCCUCGGGAGCGACAUCCCCUCGCUUUGGACGCCUUGGGCAGCGAGGUUCAGGAGGAGGCUCAACUUGCAGCAGGCCCGCGACCUCGACCUCCUCUCGCUCCGGGAAGUCCAGGGGAACGGGAGCUUCAAGAGGUCUGCCCCUGCGAGGGCCUUUUGCUGGACCUCUCUUGCCCACGCGUGCUCACCGCCAGGCCUUGGUUUCAGACAGAGGUCUUGGAUUCCAUCACAGCGGGCGACGUGUUGGAAAGUUUGCUGGCAACCUACGGCGAAGUGGUGCCUGACCUGGCACGGCUGACGCGUGGUGACGGCAGUGAUGACGGAGGGGACAGCGACGGGGACGAUGCGGAUGAAGAGGAACGUGUACGACCCAAGGAAGCUGGAGCUGGAGCCGGAUCCGGUGGGUCCGUGACUUCUCCGAGCUCUGGAGCCCGGCGCAAGGGGCCCUCCAAGGAUGCGGCGCAGGCAGCUCCGAAACGCAAUGGGAAGUCUGCUGCUGCAGGCAAGGAGGAUGACCGUGAGGAGAAGCCCACAGAGCCAGGGAGGGAGACAGGUGAGGAGGUUGCAGCUGUGGCUGGCGCCACCGACCCCGCGGGCCGCGGCGUGUCCAGCAGCCCUCUCCCACAAAGCCCAGGCGGCCGACGCUCUUUGCGCGCUCCGCACCGCGCCCGCUCCGUGGACCCUCGCCUCGACUCGCGCUUGGACAAGGACGCAAGGUUCGAUCCGUUGACGGUGGUACGCCUCAGUCCCGAGCAGUGGUCAAGUCCAGAUAUGCGGAUUCCCCGAGGCGCGGCGCAGUACUGGGUCGAGGAUGAGGAGGCACGGCCGAGGGUGCGUCGUGCCGAGGACCCUCAAGGUGUAACGGCGCAGGGUCACCUGGCUGUGCUCUCUGGGUCACAGGCCUCGACUGCUGGAGGCUGCGCACCUCGAGGGCUUUGUGUGACAGGAGGUGGGGCUGUGAGUGCUUCAACCGAUGCCGGAUGGCGCCCGGGAGGCCACAGGCGGCUCUCUGGCCAGGAAAAGACACGGGGCCGGGCUGCCACAGAGCGCGAUCGGCCUUUGCGCCCGUCUCAGAUGCGACAGCCAGGACGCCGCACCCCAGUGGAGGAGGAGGACCCGAUGCUGCUGACCCGGCCGCUGCAAUCCACGCGCCGCCUCACCUCGGGUCAGGACGAGCAGCUCCCAACACACAGCGUCGGGAUGCACUUGGGGCCCUUGCAAGGGCCAGGGCUGUCCCUAUCGCAAAGCCCGCUUGGCCCUCUGUCCAGCCUUACGGCCAAAGAUGGGACACGAGAAGGGCACGGGCCCUGUGGUGGGACAGCGCCGGGCACAGCUCCCGCACGGCGCGGAUCGGGCAGCAAUCAGAGCGCCCCGUCAGGCGCACCCUCCACCAUGCAGCGCUAG